GUUCUUUUUGUUAGGAAUACAUUAAUAUUAUUUGAGGCAAAAGUUAAAACCCUCGGGCGAUAUCUCCCUCACAGCUCAGGUCAGCUCAGGUCAGGAGGUAGAUAAACGAGAAUGGACACGGAUAGACCUAUCACAAAGAAUAUGACAACAGAGACUGAGAAUGAGGCUACAAAUUGCCCUCUGAUUACAACAAUUGGUCAUCCACUGUAAUCUUUUUUAGGGAAAAUUCUGAUGAGGUAACGGUGUAUGCUUUUGACUGUGACCACUGCAUCAUGUACUACGUUGUGUCCCACAAACGGAUGAAGUUUCUUUAUAGGUAUCUGGGAUAUAUUGCUGGUGAUUGUAAACUCUACUUUGUUGGUCACCUCAUAAUUGAUGAGGAGACUGAGGAGCUAUCUUACACUUGUGAUGUCCAUGUUUAUGAUAUUCCCUCUAGGCAAUGGAUACAAGACUUCCCAAAGUUGAAAUAUCAAAAGCGCGCUCCGUUUGUGUGUUUCCUUGAUGGGAAGCUUUAUGUGCUUUCUAGUGGUUCCCCAUAUAUACCACUAUCACACUUUGAGAUGCUUGAUAUCAAUAAUCUUUUUCAAGGAUGGGUUUCUCUCUCUGAACCGACGGCUCUUGUUUAUGAAAACUUGCUCGCCUGUCACCAUGCUAAGAUUAUUGACUACUCCAACAAGAUGCUCUACGCCAAGUUGCUUGAUGAUUACUGCACAGAUAUAUAUGGUUACAGCGUGGAUCAUAAGGAGUGGCACACGUCUGCGCUUGACAUGCAAACUUUGCCCUAUCGCUCACGUAAUUUAUUCAAAGCCAGCUGGUCGAAACAUUGUGUGAUUGUAGAAGAUCACUUGUAUCGAUUUCAGGUGUUCCAGUACUCUAAUGGACCACCCGAGCUAUUUUAGUCCUUCGUGAUUUGGGGCAUAAAAUAGAGCGGCUUUACACUUAUUCAGUAGAGCGCAUUUAUGUGGAUGAUAUUCAUUCUGAUGAUGAUCCACCCAUCACUGGACAGUGUCUUGUUGAUAUCUCCAACAUUGUCGACCCACUCGUGCUUAAGGAUUCCUCUGCUGUUGGCUAUCUAGUUUCUCUAGGCAGGAGGAAUUCAUGUCUAAGGUUUUUUUUUUGGCUAUCAUGUACAACUGUAAGCCUUGUUCUAAACCUGACGAAGGUCAUAUAUAUCAAUAUUUAAGUACAUGCACGUUUGAGCUGACACCAAGUUCCAGGAGAGAGAGUUCUACUGAAUCAUUCUUUGCCAAACGCAUUUCCUACAACUCCCCGCAUAUAGAGGUGCAUCCAAGCCAUCAUGCCUUCAACAAG